AAUGUUUCUUUCCCACAUUCUCAUGAAAAUUUUCAAAGGCUACGGCCACCUCGAAUCGGACCGAUCACCGGCGCCGGUGGAAACCAAACUCCUCAGGCGGGCUUUCUCUCAAAAGAAGCGAUUUUGCGCGCCUUUACUUGGCGGAGGUGAGGAAGAGAAGCCAUCGUUUCCUCCGAAGGGGCACCUGGUUGUGUACGUCGGCGGCGGAGAGGAGACGGGGCCACCGCAGAGGUAUUUUGUCCCGGUGCUUUACUGUAAUCAUCCGCUAUUUGGAGAGCUGUUAAGGGAGGCAGAAGAGGAGUUUGGGUUUCAACAUCCGGCGGGGAUCACCAUACCCUGCCCAACUUCGCGGUUCGAGUGGGUGAGUAAUAGAAUCGCCGGCGCCAUUGAUCGCCGUAGUAGCGGUCGCCGGAGUUUUAAGGCGUUCUAAAUAUAGUAUGCGUUCUUUCCCAAAAAAUAAAAUCGAACUCGGAACUGCGCUACCGCCUCCACACGCUGUUUGUUUUGAUUUUUUUUACUUUUAGCCGCUAUUGUAAAUUUAUUUAAAUUUUUGUC